AUGGUACAGACAGUCAGUGGACGGAAUGAGGCGAUGGUACAGACAGUCAGUGGACGGAAUGAGGCGAUCGUACAGACAGUCAGUGGACAGACAGUGUUGAUGGUACAGAGAGUCAGUGGAUGGAAUGAGGCGAUGGUACAGACAGUCAGUGGACGGAAUGAGGCGAUCGUACAGGCAGUCAGUGGACGGACUGGGUUGAUGGUACAGACAGUCAGUGGACGGAAUGACGCAAUCGUACAGACAGUCAGUGGACAGGCUGGGUUGAUGGUGCAGAAAGUCAGUGGACGGAAUGAGGCGAUCGUACAGACAGUCAGUGGACAGACUGGGUUGAUGGUGCAGAAAGUCAGUGGACAGACUGGGUUGAUGGUGCAGAAAGUCAGUGGACGGAAUGAGGCGAUCGUACAGACAGUCAGUGGAUAG